UGUCGCUGUCAUAGGCCCGAGCACCACUACAGGCACGCUGUUUGUUAUGCAAAUGGUAGGCUUGGUUGUUCGACACCUGCGUUCGUUGGUUUUCAUAGGCUAAGGCUUGAGCUCUGCUGUACAGGCACAUCGUUCGGUGAAAUGGUUCCUUCCCAAAUGUUAUCUUCCCUAUCCCCUUCCCUUCCCCGUAUCUUGUCACUCCGAGUCUGUGGUAUCGUUACGAUGCACUCCGUCCGUUUCUUUGUGGUCUGUGUGUAUGUCUCAUAUCUGUCUCGCUUUCUCUUGUGGAUAUUACACAAAGUCCGUCUUGCUUUUUGUUUUCGCCAUGCAUUGCCGCCAAAUCUGCCAGUGCUUACAACGUUGGUACUAAUGGGGCCCGUAUCUCUCGAAGUCUCCCGUGAUUUUCGGGGCGUUCAAGACAUGGAUAAGUCAAGAAGUCUUGUUUGAAGGAAUUGUCCGUACUUUAGGAAUCAUUACGCUUCACUCCUGUUCUUUAUUGUACCCCAUGAAGAGUCUCUACUCCGCGAGACGUAUGCAACCGUGCGAUCAAAACGGUACGAGCCUUCAUGGCCACGACGCAUGGCUUGCCAUGUCAAGGUCGUGGACCCGG